GGUUUGCACGCCUAUCGAUGUUUGCUGCUACUCAUUAAUCUAAUAGCGACUGAGACCUUACUGACUUUGUUCUCUUCAUUUUGCAGGAUAAAAAACAUCAUCCGCCUGUAUCGGAUGAUGAAGUCUGGUGGUUGAAGAAGAUUGCCAAAGAUGGGGAAAUCUCACUAAACUGAGUGAAGCUAGAAUAAGGGCUUCCUUAGCUAAUCUGUCUCAAAACUUCACCUAAUAGCUUAGAGAUUUUUUAGUUGCACAACAAGUUUUGUUUGGCCUAUUGAUCUUGUCAUUACUGCAAUUUCAUCCUCUACUCACUUUACAGCAUACAAGAAACACUAUCCACCAGCAUCUGACGAUGACGUCUGGAGAUUGGAAAGUAUCAGGAAGGAUGGAACAUUUCACAAGAGGCUGGUUGAUACUGGAAUAUGUAAGGUGGAAGAGUUUUUACGACGACUCUCCAUGGACUCUGAGAAACUGAGAAAUAUUCUUGGCAUGACAGAGAAGAAGUGGAAAGCCCUCCUACUUCAUGCAAAAACUUGCACUCCGAAUGGGAAACUCUACGUGUAUAAUGAAAAUGAUUGCGGUGUUAUAUUCAACAGCGUUGGUCAAGUCAGAGGCCUAACUGCGGGCGGGAUGUAUUAUGCUGCUGACAUAUUUUCCCCCGAGCAGAAGGUCUGUGCAGAUAAAUUGGUGAAAAAGGCCUAUGAGAAUUGGAAUGAUGUCUCACCACACGAAGCUGAGGCUUCUUCAAGUUCCAUGUCGGAGAAGAUCUCGUGUUCUUUUCCACGUGAAGUUCUAGGAGAUCAACAAUGCCUCCAUCCAGCUCACAACAAUACGCCUCCACCGAGAUUGGGCAGUCAUGUUGGUUUGAAAGUACCUCCUAGAACUUCAGCAUCCUCAGUGGAAGGUAUAUGCUCUAAUUGGCUGCGAGGAAAAGAAAAGGUUGCUUAUAAUUAAACACUAGCUGAG